AUGGCGUCCACAAGCACGGUUCAGCACAAAGUUACGAGGGAAAAUUGGUUGGAAGCGCAUCCAAAAUUCAAAGAAAUACAAUCGUAUGGAUUUUAUAACGAAAAGAUGCCGCUAGCAAGAGCUGCUAUCGGUGUGUACCUGGACUUAUGUGAAAGCAAGCACUGGUUUAAGGUUUGCAUUCAUCCUUGCGAGUCUUUGAAGUUAGUGUACAUAACUGGAAAGCGGACCAAGAAAUCCCAGUUUGAUGUUGUAGUUCCGCUUACGAUAGAUACAACAUUAACAACAGAGGAAAUUCAUGAUAUUAUUCAGGAAGUUAAUCUGUGCGAAGAAGAAACUGAGGAAGGGGCAGAUGCAUGUCGUAGUCGCGUGAGCUCCAAAGUAACAAUGGCUUUCUAUGAGGCUGAUUCCACCAUUGUCUAUUACGACUUUUCUCAAGGACUUGUUCCACCGGAUCCACCAACUGAAGAAGAGGAAGUGAAACCGAAACGUAAAAGAACAAGACCGAAGAAAGGCAAGAAAACAUCUUCAUGAAAUCGCAUAAAAACAAGGAGCAGUUCGUUCGAUAGCGAACAUAGAAAUAUGUUCUCCACAACGCUUCGGUACUGGCGCUCUUGAAAACCAUUAAUACUUUAUUAAGCUUCUCAGGAGCUGAUAUUGUUAAGAGAAAUUACUCAUUGGUCACUUCCAGGGGUGAAUAUAGAAGCUGAUCAGUGCUCUAAAAGCAGUAUUCCUUUUUAAUUCCUAGGAAUAGAGGAUUGAAUUUGACACAAUCUUCGCUACACCUUAGACCAAAAAGCUCUGUUUUUUCUCCUUUUCCUUUCAACAAUUGGUUUCCUUUUCUUGCCUUUU